AUGGCUUGCAUUGGGCCAAAUUCAUCCCUACACUUUUCUCCUCGUAAGCAAUGGCGCAUGAACGAGGAAGCAGCACUUUGCCUGAGUCUUGAUUGGUCUGAUCGCAUGCGUGCAUCGUCAAACGAUGCUCGGCUUAUAGUUAGCCAGAGCAAUGGAACGGUCUGCACGGUCCCUAGUUUGGGUGCUACUGGAACUGUUCCACAUGGCUUAGAGACAUGGCGUGCACAUGAUUUCGAGGCGUGGAUUGCUGCCUGGGAUUGUUGGACUGACGGUGUUGUGGCUUGGAGUGGUGGUGAUGAUUUGGCACUCAAAGGUUGGGACAUUCGUACUCCCUGUUAUGAGCAAGAGCGUGCACCUAUUUUCACAUGUAAGAGAGGUUACGAUGAGAAGUUAAGGCUAUACGAUGCACGUCAAAUGCGAUACCCUGUAAAUGAGACACACGUUGGUGGUGGUAUAUGGCGGGCUAAAUGGCACCCGACGUUGCCUCAGAAAUUGCUUCUUGCAUGCAUGCACGGUGGCCUGGUUGUCUUGGAUUGUGCAGGUCUUUCAAAUGAAGCAAGUAUCACCGAAGAACCUAUGGAGGUAGUGACUCGUUUUGAUGGUCACAAUAGUAUUGCAUACGGCUGCGAUUGGGAGCGUGCUGCUCCCAAUGACCACUUCAUUUACAGCUGCUCCUUCUACGAUGCCUCCAUGCAUAUUUGGGCGUGGUAA